AUGGCUUCGGACACAAACGACGCGAGCGCAGGUGCGCAAACGGCUGGGAACGCAGAUGCGGCGCAAAAGGAGGCCAAGGAUUAUUGGGGAUAUCUGAUCAAGCCGGACAAAUGUGGGACGCAACUAUUUGAUCGCCUGCUUAAAGGCAUUGCGGAAGUCAUUAGCAAGACAUUCGAGCCCACAGACUCGCCCGACCUCACGCCCUCUCAGAUCGCCGCCUUCUACCGCGCCGUGGGCGGAAAUUACGAUGUCCUCUUCGUCGAAACGCCAGCUUCAUCCCUAUCCUUCAUAUACCGUUCGCUCGGCGCAUUCCACAGUCUACAGCCCGCGCCCAAUGAUGACGGUUAUUCGUCGCCUACGGUUCCUGCGUUAAAGAAGCAAGGAUUUGUAACAUGGCAGACGAUACAGUUGUUGCUUGGUCCGGAGGAGCAUGUGUCAUUCCUACAAAAUGCAGUAAAGCAAUUCGAUGUUGUAGACCCAGAGACAGGCACCAUGUUCCCAAAGGUGCUACCUGCCGAUUCCCUGCCAGAUAAGCCAGAUGAUGCCAUGGAAGCCUGGUACGAGACCGUCGCCCAGCGCCUUAAACGUGAAGCGGAAGAAGAUGGCGGAGAGAAUGAAAAGGUGCCGCACGUUCGUGUCAACGUGGAUGAGCAUGGCCCACGCACAUCAACCGAGUAUUCUGGCGACUCAGCGGAUGAGAAACACGCAGCUGCAAGCUACUUCUCGGACCCUCUGUAUCGACGAUCAAGACAUACCAGACCUCCAAUAAUACGUCACUUUUCGAAGCAACCCGCGCACCCCUACGAGGAUCCGAACCGGGGUCGACUGAUAUCGAGUGUAAGGCAUAUGCUGAACCCUUUUGGCAAGAGCAGGAGAAUGCCUGGAAGGUACGAGGAGGAUAGCCUCUCAGACGACGAUAGGACACCUGUGGCUCCAGCACCUCCGCCUGCACCCCGCUACGUCUCUCACAGCUCGCACAACUCCCAGAGCUCACACAAACGACCUCACCCUCCAAGACGCGAAAGCACAAUGUCCUCUACCGACUCUGACUCCGACUCUGACGCCCCAUCCCGUCGAAGAAGCCCUAUCCUCCGCCACAGACGCUCCCACGAGCCCGCCACCAGCCCAAGAGAGUACUUUCCUUCCCCCUACGAAGACCGCCGCUACUCACACGCCGACGCACCCGGUCCAUCACCUCAGCGCAAAGAGGACGGUCCACCACCGCUGUACGGGCCGACCAAAUCCCCGCUCUUCGCUACGCACGUUGCCCAAAUGCAAGCACACACUUACUACGACCGCCGCCCCUCAAUGCCAGCACGUUCCUCCCACCGCCCCCACAACGUACGCUACACCAGCGUUCCGCCCCCUCCCGAGCCCAUAGACCCGCCUUACUCCCGUGAGCGCAACGCCCAUCACUCACGAGACAGAGAAAGAGAUCGUGAACGCGACGGGUACGAGCGGUAUCGGCGGCGCAGCGAGGAGUUCUUACGCGAGAAGGAACGGGAUAGAGAGGGAUUGAGGGCAAGCGAUAGAACUAGGAGCCAUGACCGGGUGAAGGAUGACUGGGACGAGAGGGAGGAUCGGAGCAGGGAGAGGGAUAGACAGGGGAUGUGA